AUGGUGGGUUCAAAUUCUGAGACGCCCACAAGGCCAAGGGCUUCUGAUCACAAUGAUGUGGUGUUUUCUUUUGAGAAUCUUGGGUUGGGAGAGAAUGAAACGACUCCAAGUCGACCAAGUUAUUCGUGGAACAUCUCGUCUGCUCAAAACCAGAGACAGGGGAUUGGUAGUGAUGAACAGUGCCAAUGGAGGUCCGGUGAACCGUCUUUGAUUACCCGGGUUUCGGAUAAACCAGAGUUCUCAUCAAGAAUCUUUAAUCCUCAGGAUAAUAUCUGGGCAUAUGACUAUUGCGACUAUGGACGAGGUAGUCUGAUUUCAGACCUGCAUUCUGGUCCAGGGAGUUGUAUUGGAUCAAUGGAUCAUAGGAAUAACUUUCUAGAUAAUAAUACAGCAAAUUUUUCUGGAACUCUAAACGGGAGGAAAGUGAGCAUGAAUUCUUGUUAUGAAAGUCCUUCAACAAGUAAUUCGGUGAACCUGUUGAGAGGACAAUCUUUCUUGAAUGAUCCGGCCAAUGGGUACAGACUUGGAUUUGGAAACACAGAUGAUUACAGGAUGGACAUGUACAGCGAAAACCAAUUUCCUUAUGAUCAGAAUCAUCAAUUUAUGGGGAUUACAAGCAAUGAAUUUUAUUUGGGUAAACGAUACAAUUUGUACGAUGGUGAUCGGGCAUAUACCAGUGGUUCAUUGAAACAGCAUAUGAGCCAAUAUGAUGGCCAAAGAUCUGUUAUUUCUUCCCGAGGACUCGACAUAGUGACAAUGGCCAUGACUAAAAAUGGCUCGCAGCUGUUGCAAAGUUUUUUGCAGGGUGGAAUCUAUGAGACCAAUAUUAUACUUGAAGGGGUUCUUCCGUGGAUUUUUGAGGUGAUGAAGGACCAUAAUGGGCGUCAUGUCUUUCACAAGCUACUUGAUGUGUGCAAUUCCCGUCAGCUGGAAUCACUCUUCAUGAAGCUAAUGUCGCAGAGUGAAUUAUUUUUGGAAGUAGCAGUCAAUUCACAUGGCUCGCAUUCAGUUCAAAAACUUAUCCAAAAGCUGAAGAAGACACCGUUGGCCUAUUCUCUGACACACUGUCUAUCCACUAAGAUUUGUGAACUCAUGAUGCACUCGCAAGGCCUACAUGUUAUUAGACAGUGUCUUUACAAACUGGGUGAUCAGCCAAAUCAGGUACUAUAUGAUGGAAUAAUAAAGCAUUUUCUAAAGAUUGCUACAGACAAAUAUGGUUGCUUAUCCUUCAAUCAGUGCAUCGACUGCAUAAGUGGUGAACCAAGAGAGAGACUUCUAAAUCGUAUAGCAGAUGAGUCAGAUUACCUUUCAAAUGAUCCAUUAGGGAAUCAUGUCGUGCAGCAUGUCCUCUCACUUGACAACCUGGAGAUAAGUGAGAAAAUCUGUGAUCGUCUCCGGGGCAAAUAUGUAGAGCUUUCAUUGAAAAAAGGUGGCAGUCAUAUAGUAGAGAAAUGCAUAAAAUCAUCCCUAAAAGGGUUGGUUUAUGUGGUUCAUGAGAUCUUAAAUACCAAAAAUGCACCUUCAAAACUUGCUCGACAUAUGUUCGGAAACUAUGUGAUCCAAACAGCUAUAAAGACGUCAAAGAAAAAUCAUCCGGUGCUUUAUGAAAAUCUUGUUAAUGUCCUCCGACCAUAUCUCCACAGGCUGGCGAACCCUAAUGGUGGUGAACAAAAGAUAAUUGCCCUGAUCAGUGACGGAGUCCCUAGAAGUCGAGCAAAGUUUAAUCCGGUAACAAGCCAACUUUGA